UGUUGUUUAGGAGGAAAGGGACAAUGGAGAAGAAGGAGACACAACAAAAGAAACACCAUGUUGGAGCUUCUAAACCCCACAGAUUUUUACCUCAUUAUUACCUUUUUAUCCUCUUGAUCUUCACCAUUGUCACUACUACUCAAGCCUUUGAUUAUGCUGAUGCACUUUCAAAGAGCCUUCUCUACUUUGAAGCACAACGCUCUGGGAGGCUACCAUACAACCAACGUGUAACUUGGCGUGAUCAUUCUGGCCUCACAGAUGGUUUAGAACAAGGGGUGGACUUGGUAGGAGGGUACUAUGAUGCAGGUGAUCAUGUGAAGUUUGGUUUACCUAUGGCAUUCACUGUGACUAUGAUCUCAUGGGGUGCCAUAGAGUUUUGGCAACAAAUUGAAAAUGCUGGUGAAGUGGAACACACAAUGGAGGCAAUCAAAUGGGGAACUGAUUACUUCAUCAAAGCUCAUACUAGCCCAAAUGUUCUUUGGGCAGAGGUUGGUGAUGGAGAUACAGACCAUUAUUGCUGGCAACGCCCAGAAGACAUGACAACAUCAAGGCAAGCAUUUAAGAUAGAUGAGAAAAAUCCAGGUUCAGAUCUGGCUGGAGAGACUGCUGCAGCUAUGGCAGCUGCCUCCAUUGUGUUCAGGAAAACAAACCCUCAUUACUCUCACCUACUUUUACACCAUGCUCACCAAUUGUUUGAGUUUGGGGAUAAGUACAGAGGAAAAUAUGAUGCUAGUGUUGGAGUAGUGAAGAGCUACUAUGCGUCGGUGAGUGGAUACAUGGACGAGUUAUUGUGGGCAGCCAUGUGGCUGUACAAGGCCACCGACAAGGAAGAGUAUUUUGAAUACGUAAUUUCCAAGGCUCAUAGCUUUGGUGGCAUUGGUUGGGCCAUAACUGAGUUCAGUUGGGAUGUUAAGUAUGCUGGCCUCCAAGUCAUUGCCUCAAAGCUUUUGAUGGAAGAAAAACACAAGAAGCAUGCUGAUAUGCUAGAAAAAUUCAGAUCAAAAGCAGAGUACUACAUAUGUUCAUGUCUCAACAAAAACAAUGGCAGCAAUGUGGAACGAACACCAGGUGGAUUACUCUAUGUCAGACGAUGGAACAACAUGCAAUACGUUUCAACAGCAGCAUUUCUGCUCACAGUAUACUCUGAUUUUCUCCAGAGCAAAAAUCAAAAGCUUAGGUGUCAUGGUGGGAUUGUGGGCCAUGAAGAAAUUCUCAGUUUUGCUAAGUCACAAGCUGAUUACAUUUUGGGCUCUAACCCACUUAAUGUGAGCUACUUAGUGGGUUUUGGACCGAGGUACCCCAAAAGGGUGCAUCAUAGAGGGGCAUCCAUUGUGUCGUAUAGAGAGAAUAAAUGGUUCAUUGGGUGCACACAAGGCUAUGAUAAUUGGUACAACAUCAAGGAACCAAAUCCUAACAUUCUGGUUGGGGCUUUAGUUGGAGGGCCUGAUUAUCAUGACAAUUUUGUGGAUGAAAGGAACAAUUAUAUGCAAACUGAGGCCUGCACAUAUAAUACUGCCCCAUUAGUUGGUGUUUUUGCAAAAUUCUUGCAAACGGAAAACAAAAGUUUGGUUCAAACUUCUGAUUCACAUUUAGUUGCUUCCUUUUAG